AUGGGCCACCCAAGCUCUGUCAGCCUGAAUAGUGCUGCCGCAGCUGCUCAUCACGGACGCCGGAUAUUGCGCCGCCAGACGCAAGCUCACAUACCAUGCCAGCAUUUGAGGACUCAGUCGACGAUCGAAACAGAGCACGUGACUACAUAUGACUCUACAUACGACUCUACACACGACUCUACACACGACUCUACACACGACUCUACACACGACUCUACACACGACUCUACACACGACUCUACACACGACUCUACACACGACUCUACACACGACUCUACACACGACUCUACACACGACUCUACACACGACUCUACACACGACUCUACACACGACUCUACACACGACUCUACACACGACUCUACACACGACUCUACACACGACUCUACACACGACUCUACACACGACUCUACACACGACUCUACACACGACUCUACACACGACUCUACACACGACUCUACACACGACUCUACACACGACUCUACACACGACUCUACACACGACUCUACACACGACUCUACACACGACUCUACACACGACUCUACACACGACUCUACACACUCUACACACGACUCUACACACGACUCUACACACGACUCUACACACGACUCUACACACGACUCUACACACGACUCUACACACGACUCUACACACGACUCUACACACGACUCUACACACGACUCUACACACGACUCUACACACGACUCUACACACGACUCUACACACGACUCUACACACGACUCUACACACGACUCUACACACGACUCUACACACGACUCUACACACGACUCUACACACGACUCUACACACGACUCUACACACGACUCUACACACGACUCUACACACGACUCUACACACGACUCUACACACGACUCUACACACGACUCUACACACGACUCUACACACGACUCUACACACGACUCUACACACGACUCUACACACGACUCUACACACGACUCUACACACGACUCUACACACGACUCUACACACGACUCUACACACGACUCUACACACGACUCUACACACGACUCUACACACGACUCUACACACGACUCUACACACGACUCUACACACGACUCUACACACGACUCUACACACGACUCUACACACGACUCUACACACGGCUCUACACACGGCUCUACAUACGGCUCUACAUACGGCUCUACAUACGGCUCUACAUACGGCUCUACAUACGGCUCUACAUACGGCUCUACAUACGGCUCUACAUACGGCUCUACAUACGGCUCUACAUACGGCUCUACAUAUGGUUGA